GGAACAAGUCACAGCUUUUGCUUUAACUAAAAAAAAUCACUUUUUUUUUAAUCAUAGUGUUACUUGUUUAGCAACUACAAUAUGAAUAUUGACGAAUUGUUUAAGAUCCCUGCUAUUCCCACAGGUCGUAACAAGCGAAAGAUGCCUGCUACACCUGAUUUGCAGUUCUUUGACAAGUAUAAAGAAGCUAGCGAUGCCGCCGAAUUAGCUGAAGCCAGUAGUAAUGAGCCUGCCAGUAAAAAAAGAAAUAUUGGGGAUGAAGAUAUGGAAGUGGUUGAACGCUACCAAGAUGACGACGCUGAAUUUGAGGACGAAGAAGGCCGCUUUUUUGGUGGUGGUUUGACUAAUGAACAAAGCAGUAUUUUGGAUCUUGUUGACGAGUAUGAUGUCGACGAGACUGAGGCUCUUACAGCCACCAAUGUUAAAAAAAUGAUCUUGAAGUUUGAGAAAGCAAUCAACAAGAAUCAGGAAAUGAGAGUACGUUAUGCAGACCAACCAGAGAAAUUUAUGGAAUCAGAAGCAGACUUGGACGAGGAGAUUAAGAACCUAUUAAGUUUGACAGAAGCACCGCAUAUGUAUCCCGAAUUUGUCAAGCUUGGUAGUGUCCCAUCUUUGCUGUCGCUUUUAAGCCACGAAAAUACAGAUAUUGCGAUUGAUACAAUUGAUCUCAUCAAUGAAUUGACUGAUGAAGAUGUUGGAAUGGCAUCUACCGAAGAUGAUUUGGAAAGAUCAGAGGAAAUCCAAACUGCUAUCAAGACAUUUGUAGAUUCUAUGCUUGAGAAUGAACUGUUACAAUUAUUAGUGCAAAAUUUGGCCAGAAUGGAUGAAAAGGAAGAGUCAGAUCGCCAAGGUGUAUUCAAAAUUUUGGGUAUUUUUGAAAACGUUAUAUCUUUAGAUCCCAAAUAUGCAGAAGAUAUUGCAUUAAAAACAGAUAUCGUUCCCUGGCUUUUAAAGAGAUUGCAAACAAAAGGAUUUGAUUCAAAUAUUGCAUACACUAGCGAAAUUCUCUCGAUUCUUUUGCAGGAUAACAGAGAUAUUCGUCUCAGAGUGGGAGAAUUGGAUGGUGUGGAUAUUCUUUUAAGGGCACUCUCCGCAUAUAGACGUAAAGAUGCUUCUUCGGAAGAUGAAUCUGAAAUGGUAGAAAAUUUCUUCAACGCGAUGAGUUCUCUUCUAAACGAACCUGAAAAUAAGAAACGCUUUUUGGAUUCAGAAGGCAUCGAACUUAUGGUAUUCAUGUUAAAAGAAAAAACAUUAGCUCGAAUUCGUGCAGUAAAAGUACUGAACUACGCAUUAAGUGGUGAAGAUGCCAGAGAUAGAUGUAUUCGCUUUGUUGAUGUCUCGGGUCUCAAGGCAUUGUUCCCUCUUUUUAUGGGCAAAGGAAACAGAAAAUUGAAAAAGUCACAUCAAUCGGCAUUUAUCGAAUCAGAAGAUGAGGAACAUAUCACAUGUAUCAUUUUAUCAUUACUGAGAAGUCUAACUCAAGAGGACGUCCAAAGGAUGAGAUUGCUGCUCAAAUUUACAGAGGAUGACCACGAAAAGGUCGAUCGUCUUAUCGAAAUGAAAGACAAAUAUGAAAAGAAGGAUGAAGCGGUUAAACAGGAACUUGAAAAUGCCAAGUCAGUAUUGGAUGAGGACGAUUUUGAGGAUUUUGAGAGCGAUUUCUAUGUUCGCCGACUGGCUGCUGGAUUAUUCACGUUACAGCGUGUAUGUCUUUUAAUCGCUGCAUUGAGCGAAGAGUCACAGGGUAUUCGUGAGAAGGCGAAUAUGUUAUUAAAGAGACAAGAUCAAGAUAUGAUGAGUGUAUUUAAAAUUAUCGAAGAAGAAACUGCUCUGAUGGCCGAUUUUAUUCAUUUAAGACGUAUUGCUAGAGGAAGUUCCACAGAAGAAGUGCCUAUAAAAGAAGAAUCGGUCACACAAGAACCAGUUAACGGAGAAAUGUUGGCAUGAGACGUACUAUAAAAAUAAGAGCUGCAAUCUACCUUGCGAUACCAUUGCACAUUCAACAAAUUUAAAUAAAUGAAAUUUUACAGUGAA